GCUAGUCAGCACUUAGAAGUCAAGGAGGUGUCAAUAAAAGAAAAUAUUUUUGUUGGAAAAUUGUAAAAAACGUCCCGUGAAAAAGUCUUGGAAUAAACAAAUUGGUACAGCUAAAUGAGAUGACCACAAUAGAUGAUUUACCUGAUGAGGUGCUGGAGUUCAUAAUAAAUCUUCUGCCACCCUACCGCGAUGUGGAACACUGCCAGUUGGUGUGCAAGAGAUGGGCGGAUUUGGUGAGAAAUGUGCGAUUCCGGAAAACAAUAACCUUCCAGCGUGCCAUGACAGAGAGCAAUUUGUGCUGGAAGAAAUGGCAAUCUGCAGAUACUCGGACACCUGCAAUUGCUGGACGCUAUUCACACUCUGCCACAGUCUACAAGAGUACAAUGUAUGUCUUCGGUGGUGGCAGCAGCGAAGUCACCACAUUCAAUGAUCUCUGGGCUUUCAAUUUGUCCUCACGCACAUGGAACAGAUGCAAUUCCCAUGGAGCUCAUCCCUAUCCAUCGCCCAAGGCACGGGCAACAAUGGUAAGUCAUGAGGAGCGUUUAAUUGUAUUUGGGGGCCUUCGGUAUCCACCAUCCUAUCCGCCCUAUCAGAGGGUUAAUCUCUUUGAUGAGCUGCAUGUGUACAAUCUGCGCGAUAAACAUUGGAUCUUUCCCCGGAUCUCAACUCCCUGGCCACCAGCAAUGGCUGGACACUCGGCCACAAUUCAUGGGCGUGAGAUGGUGAUCUUUGGGGGUCUCCAGGAGACUCCACUCUAUGUGGCAUGUUCAAAUGAUGUGUGGUGCCUGGAUUUGGACACUUUUAUCUGGCGGUUACAGGAGACAUCGUCAGUGAAGCCAGCACCACGGAUAGAUCACUAUCAGAUUCGUCUCAAUAGUGAGAAUCUUCUGAUAGCUGGUGGAUUGGGUGGAGUGAACAAUCCCUUCACGGACAUGUGGCUCCUGACUCUGUCCAGAACUUCAGCCUGGACAUGGCGUGAGAUUCCUGUGCGCAAGAAGAAAUGGAGUGCAACGAGAAUGUGGACAAAUCCAUCGUGUUACAUCGAUCAGAAACUAAUUGUCCUGGGUCAGAAUUCAUCUCUGCCCAAGGAUUUGGAAAUCACGCAUCAGAUGCGCAUAACACAGCAAAUUCAGCGCACAAAUGCCAAUCAGGAGGCUCACGGGCUCAGGAAUCCCCAUCAGGAAGUACCUGCGUCCGGGAAUCGACUAAGGGCACAAGUUGCUGAGCCACCGGCAGAACCCCGUGGAGUACAGCAUCACAAUGUCCCCCGGGCAGCUCCGAAUCAUCAUAUGGGCAUGAUGGCAUUCAGGGAUUCGUGCAAUAGGCAAGAAUGGAGAGAUCGUCGGUUACUUGUGCUGCAGAAGCGUGAGCAGGAACUCCAGGCACGACGGGGAAUGCCACAGCCCGCCCCAAAAUUGCUCAGUGCAAAGAAACCACGUCAAAACUGCGAAACAGUCUUCAUCUGUGAUCUGUCGCGCGUCCUGGACGCCCAUGAGCCAUAUGCCGAGUGGCUGGAGACGCGAGAGGGUGGAGUAUUUCCAGGAGCACCGCUCAAGACUAUUCUGUCGACGCUGGUGGUGGGAAAUGGAGAGCUUAUUAUGUUCGGAGGUCUGGAGAAACAUGCCAGCCAAGGAAGUUACUCAGCUAAUAAUCACCUGCACUUCAUGACUGUGCCCCAUUCAGUGAUAUAAGACACUGAAGCAGAAAAUCUUCUCGGAAGAUCACGAAAGCGAGAAUAAAUAUUUUCCUAACAGA